AUGGACAAUGUAAACCCGCUAGCUCUUCAAGCAGAUGUGAAUACAGGUCUAAAAGAACGUCAUACACAUACUCGUGGGAGUAGAUCUGUUGCUAUGGAAGGCAGACUACAUUCGGAUCUAUUCGCACAAGAGCGCUAUAUUCUCGGGGCUGUUCCAAUAAAGAUUAAAUUGGUUAGAUCACGAAACCCUUUUUGUCUAGUCUCAUCUGCUCAGGAUCCAAGUUUCAAAGUAGUUAUUGAAGAAUGUGUAUUUCGCGUGCGACGCGUCAACGUAUCGCCAAGUGUAAUAAUAAACCAUUCCCAAGCCCUACAGCAUACAACGGCCAAAUAUCCGAUCAAUCGCGUCGAGUGUAAAGUUGUCUCUGCCCCCCGAGGAAACAUGUCGGGAAAUCAACCCAACAUAUUUCAAGGUAUUCUACCAAAUCGUGUCGUUAUUGGUAUGGUCGAUGCAGAUGCGUUCAAUGGUAGUUAUGCAAAGAAUCCGUUCAACUUCAAGAACUACGACAUCACAAAUUUUGGGCUGAAUCUAAACGGUGAAAACCUACCUGGAAAACCAUUUCAACUAAAAUUUGCGAGUGCAAGAGGAAGUAACUACAUUUCAGCAUUCCAAACACUGUACGCUGGGACACAUAAAAUGUUUGAAAAUCAGGGCAAUGGUAUAACUCGUGAAGAAUAUGCAGACGGUUUUACACUGUUUGUGUUCGAUCUCACUCCAGACCUGUGCCUUGGUGAUCAUGCACAACCAAUUAGAAACGGAAAUGUCUCGAUCGAAUGCCAGUUUGGAACGGCCUUGGAGGCGGCUAUAAAUAUUGUGGUGCUUGGUGAAUUUCAAAGUCUUAUGGAAAUUGACGCGAACAGGAACGUACUGUGUGACUUCACUAACUGA